AAUUGGAGCUGAUUUAAAUAUAAAUUAUUCUGCUGAUGAUAUGCAGUUUUGAAUAUAAAUCAACUUUUUAGUAAAAUUCAAAUAAUUAUUCUUUUGUUUUUCUUUUUGCUGAAUAUGAGUAUUCUCAAGGUUAAGAUAGGUUAUCUUUUGGUUUUAACUAAAUUAGGUGGAGUUAAAAUUUUAUUUUAGGAACUCUUUAUGAGAAAUCAGAUUAAACUAGAUAACAAUUUGUUAAUUCUUAAAUGUUUAUGCUGCAUCUUAUAAUAUCUUAGUAAUUCAACUGUUUUGAAAAUCAAUUAUUUUGUUUGUUAGGUUAUGUUGGCCAAUUAUUGAAAGACCUUAUUUUUACUUGACUGGUUCUGUUAGCAGUUUUUAAUGAUUUAUCAAUUGUCUCAUAAAAAUAUUUUAUUACAUGAACUGUAAUUAAUGGCAGUUAAGUCAAUAUUUAGACUGAUAAGGUAUCAACCAACUUAUAUAAAAAAGCCAUUUGUGAACUCUAUUUUUAGGGUGAUGCAUGUGUCAGGCCUGAGAGAUCAGUUUGUAUUCAGAUUUCAUUCAAUGCUUAGGUCACUCUUAAGAUUUUAGAGGUUAUAAUGGGAGAUUAUAAACAGUUUUUAAAAGAUGCAGCCAUUCAAGUUGGGUCUGGUGGUUCUGCAGGUUUUGUUGAAGUUUGCAUUAUGCAUCCUUUGGAUGUUGUUAAAACAAGAUUGCAACUUCAAGCUCGUGUUCAAAUCAAUAGCCCUCAUCAUUACAGUGGUAUUAUUGACUGCUUCACAAAAAUGCAAAGACAUGAAGGCGUUUUUGCUUUUUGGAAAGGUAUUGUACCUCCUAUAUUAGCUGAGACUCCUAAACGAGCUGUGAAAUUUGUUUCUUUUGAGCAAUACAAACGAUUUUUCAUGUUUGGAUCUCCAACAGCAACUCCACUGACUUUUUCACUGUCAGGCAUAUUUGCUGGAAUCACUGAGGCUUUUUUUGUAAAUCCUUUUGAAGUAGUAAAGAUAGCAAUACAGUCUGACAAACGUCAUGUGAAAGAUGUACCAAGCACAUGGGUUAUUGCUAGUAGAAUAGUAAGAAAUAAUGGUUUUGGAGGUCAUGGGCUAUAUAGGGGAAUAUCAGCAACUGCCAUAAGAAAUGGUGUAUUCAAUGGAAUUUACUUUGGCUUAUACCAUUCCCUGAAAGGAAAGUUACCUCACUCAACUCAAAAUCCUACUUAUGAUUUGCUGUAUAAACUAAGUCUUGGAUUUACCUCUGGCGUACUUGGAUCCUGCUUUAAUAUUCCAUUUGAUGUGGCAAAAAGUAGAAUUCAAGGUCCACAACCUGUGAAUGGAGUAAUCAAGUACAAAACAACAUUUGGCACCUUAAAAACAGUCUAUCUUGAAGAAGGGUGGAGAGCCCUGUUUAAAGGUUUGCUACCUAAAGUGAUGAGACUUGGACCAGGAGGUGCAAUUAUGCUGGUGGUUUAUGAGCACAUCCAUUCAUUACUUACCACAAGAUUUUCUGAUUAGUAAUAUUAGGUUAUUUUGUAAGCAUCCAUUAAUUUGUAUGUACAUAUUUUGCAUGGCACUAUUUUAUUUUAAUAAUAAAUACCUACUUUAAACUUUCAUGAUAAUAAUACAUUCCCAUGUGUGUGUAUAUUGUUUAAAUUUAUUAAUUGGUUUGUAUCUUUAUAUUAUUUUGAUCUGCAUAUAAAAAUAGCAAUUAGUUUUAUGAAGCGGAAUGGCUGCUGAAACGUAUAGAAAAUGAUAACUCAUUGUUUAUUUAUGUUGCAACCCUUAUUGUAAAAAAAUAUUAUAUUUUACUUAAUGGGUUCAAUAACAUCGUACUCUCUAAAUAAAAUAAUAACAAAGGACUUUCAUCCUUAAAGAAGACGUCCACAUUAAUUGGAAUAUCAUAAUUUUUUUAUUUUUUGGUUGGCCCGAGACUUCACUUAAAGUGGUAUACUGCAAAUCAUUAUUUUAAUUGGAUUGAUAUGAUGUAAAUAAUUAUAGAAGUCAUAAUUUUUUUUCCAUUUUUGAUUGGAUUUAGGAAUCACCCUGUUUUGUUUUUAUUUUUUUGACCAAUGAUAAGUCUAUUUUGGUUAUUUAUGGUAUGUAGCAUCACAAAUUUUACAUUAAUAAUUGUUCUUAUAGUGGAUCGCAAGAAGCUCAAUGGCAAAGAUGCAUAUAAUGGUGUGAUAUAGACAGAUGAAUAUAAAUUUUAACUUAUCAUGAUGGCUAGUAUUGUCACCACAGAGUUUUAAUCUGAUAAUUUUUUUCACGAAUAAUCAACUCAUGUUGUGAGUGAAUUCUCUCUUUUUUUCUUUUAGGUUUUUCUGCUUAGCAUAAUGGCAGGGGCGGGAAGAGAGAGAUUGGUGGUUAUAUAUAUACUAAAUCAUCUUUCAUAUCCUCAGUAUUUCAUUCAGUUCAUGAUCAUAUCACCCAUCACUGGUUCUCUCAUAUACCAAGAACUUUGAUUGGGUUAUGACUACUCUUUUGCUUUACAUUAUAGUUAUGGAUGUCAAUUUUUAAAAGCUUCUGAGAAUAAAAUUGUAAUUAGGUAUGGAUGUCAAUUUUUAAAAGCUUCUGAGAAUAAAAUUGUAAUUAGGU